AUGAGUAAUAUAAUACAAAUUAAAGCUCCCAUUAUAAGGGAUAAUAACAUAAUUAGUCAACAAUAUCAUACAUAUACACCAUACACGCAAUCGUAUGAAAACAAUGAUGAAAUUCGAAUUGCAAUUCAAUCUCAAGACCUUAACGUUUUACCAUCGGAAAGCUAUCUUUUUAUUGAGUUUGAAGCAAAAAGAUCUGGGACUACAGUGAGCACGCAAAAAGUGAAAUUCAACCCAUUCUAUCUAGCUCAUUUGUUUAGUGAAAUGCGGUAUGAAUUAAAUGGCGUUGAAAUUGACCGAUGUAAGACUCCAGGUAUAACUAGCGCAUUGAAGACUAUGAUAGCGUGCAAAUCAUCGGAUCUAAGCUUGUACUAUUUAUAUAGACUCAAUGAAGAGGUAGAUAUAUUGCAAACAACGUACUCAUUAAUACUUCCGUUACGUUUUAUAUUUGGAUUUUGUGAUGACUAUAAUAAAAUCAUUUUAAACAGUAAACAUGAAUUGAUUAUAAUACGUAAUCGAAUUGAUUCUGGUUUAUGUUCAAGUGAAUCAGAUUCUGAAGUGUUUAAAUUUAAUGUCACCAAAAUUCAUUGGAAAAUUCCACACAUUAAAUUGAGUGAUGAAGGACGAUUAUUGACAUUGAAAUCGAUAGAACGUGACGAUAGUAUUCCGAUGGCUUAUCGUUCAUGGGACUUAUACGAUUUACCUGUUGUACCACAAGCAAGGAGAAAUAUAUGGAAAGUGAAAACCACAACUCAAUUAACGAAACCGCGAUUUGUGGUUGUUGCAUUUCAAACAAUAACAGAUCCAUGUAAAAAUGUGUCAGAAUUUUCUCAUUGUAAUAUUAGCGACGUCAAGCUAUAUUUGAACGAUGAACGAUAUCCAUAUGAUAACUUGAACACAUCUUUUUCUCAAUCAAGAUAUCAGGAAUUAUAUCACACGUUUUUGAAAAUCCAUCAAUCAUAUUACAACGACGGAAAUCCAAAUGCAGCUGGAGUGAAUUUUCAUGAUUUCAAAAAUGGAUCAACAAUAUUUCCAUUCGAUUGUUCAAGAUCAGAUGAAAGACAUAAGAAUGGAACAAUUGAUGUGCUAAUUGAAAUCGAAUCAAAUCGAAACAUACCGGAAAAUACUAAAGCGUACUGCUUAAUUAUACACGAUAAUUUGGUACGAUAUUCGCCACUAACAAAUUUUGUACGACGUGAAUUUUAA